GCCCCUGGGGGCACGCAGCGUGGCGAUCAGUGCUACGCUGUGUCCCUGGGACACAGUGGAUCACCGAUCAGCGGAAAGAGCCGAUGACAAUGGCUCUGUCAAGUGAUCAGCUGUGUCCAAUCACAGCUGAUUGCAUCCCCGAUGAUCAGUGUAGCCCCAUCAGUGUCACCUAUCAGUGCCCAUCAAUGCCACCUGCCAGUGCCCAUCAGUGCACAUCAAUGCCACAUAUCAGUGCCUACCAGUGCACAUCAAUGCCACAUAUCAGUGCCCAUCUGAGCUGCCUUUCAGUGCCACCUAUCAGUGCCAGUCAUCAGUGCUGCCUGUCAAUGCCCACCAGCGAUGCCUGUCAAUGCCCAUCAGUGCCACCUACCAGUGCCUCCUCAUCAGUG